AUGGAUGGCUCGCUAUUCCGGGCUGUGGACGUGGCUGAACUGGAAACGAAGGUCUUAGCGGAAGCUGACCAGAGGGCACGGGAUGCAAGCAUUCCCCAGUUCUUCGUUUCGAGCACAGGAGAGGGUUUGGGGUUUGGCCCUUCCUCUCUUGGCAGUUUCUGCUCAACGACAGACCCAUUCAUAUUCCGCCUAGCUGCGGAUGUGGCAAGACGGGAAGGCCGAGAAUUGCGAGAAGGGGGUGUUGGCAACUUGGCAGCCCGUGACAGGGUGCAGAUGAAAACGCAAAUUUUGAGAGGAUUGCUGCGCGAUAGAUGUGGGGACGACGGGCAAGAGGAAGCUGGGGCCGCAGGAUGCGUGGAAGCUGCCUCAUGUUCUGAAGAGCAGAGCCAUGAAGACCUUGUGAAAACAGGCGCUGUCACCCCUCUCGACGCGUUUGAUGAUCCCACAAUCGGUCUGGCUGGGAGACGCCGGAAGACAAUUCAGGACUACAAGGUGGCAGAGGGUAUGACCGUAAAGCUCCCUCGCUCUCGACGUCCCAAAGCAAGAACACGGGAAAGUGUUCGGAAGCAAGCCGAAUCUGGGAACGAUUCCUUUGGAGAGCUCGACAACGCUGGGACUAGCAUUGAUUCUUCGACGUUUGUCCAACCCCAACGCAGCUCGAGAGGGGAUGAGGGAGUCAGCGCGGAAAAAAACGCCGCCGUCCAGUGUCCCGUCUGCGCGCAGAUGGUCACGGUCGACGAUCCGGCAAACCCGGACAUUUGCCUCAGUAGACACAUGGAUCGAUGCACUCGCAGUGCCAGGCGGAGAUCGUGUCGGCAAGCAGGAGAAGCGAGGGGCCUCGAAAAGGGAAGUGACGCUAGCACAAGACCAAGAGCGUCGAGUCGAGGAGGUGGUGGAAGCACCAGCAAGCGCCGGGGGCAAGAUUCCGAUGUAAAUGGUGGUCAUUUGGCCGCGAAAUCUAGAAGUAGCGCCCUUGUAGACCAUCUAGGAACCGGGGUGACGAGGGCGAAGCGACGAAAAGCAUCAGGCCAGGCCGUGGUACACGGGAGCGAAAGUAGUGAAACGGAUGCUGCACUCAAGGUUCUCGGUGGAGGCCAGUCGCUGGUGGACGACUUCGAUGACGAAGACUUCGAGACCCGGAAGGCGCAAGUCGUUGAUCUUUCGGUAGCCAACGGUGUGGGUGAGGAUUCCCUAAGCGCCAACUCUGCCGAGCUGGGGGACGGCUUGAUUUUGGACGAUGGCAUCGCUCAACGCCUGUUCCAGUUUCAGCGCACAGGCGUGCGCUGGAUGUGGCAACUGCACAGACAGGGUGCUGGCGGGAUUGUCGGAGAUGAGAUGGGCUUAGGCAAGACCGUUCAGGUGUCAGCGUUUCUCGGAGCGCUCCACGGGAGUAGCGUGAUGCGACGAGCGUUAAUCUUGUGCCCAGCCACGGUCCUUUCUCAUUGGAUGGCAGAGCUGCACAUAUGGGCUCCCCAACUAAGAGUCGUGGUUUUGCAUCGCUGUGUUCAGGCCUUCAACGCUGUCAGUGGCAACUCAGGAAAACUCCGAGCUCUGAUUCGACGAAUUCUGGGCUGGCCGGAGGUUGUCGUGGUGGCAUCGUACGAAGGGAUGAAGUCCUUGAAGGCGUUUCUUUUGCCGUGCAACUGGGACUAUUGCGUGUUGGACGAAGGACAGCGCAUUCGUAAUCCAGACGCAGAGGUUACACUCAUCUGCAAGCAGAUUCGAACUGUGCACCGUCUUAUCCUGACCGGAACGCCGAUCCAGAACAACCUCCGCGAGUUGUGGAGCCUAUUUGACUUCGUCUUCCCCGGCAGACUCGGUACUCUUCCAGCGUUUGAGGCAGAGUUCGCCAACCCCAUUCGCGUUGGUGGUUACGCCAAUGCAAGCCCCAUGCAGGCUCGCCUUGCGUAUCGCUGCGCUCUGGUGUUGCGAGACUUGAUCCAGCCGUAUUUGCUCCGAAGGCAAAAGAAGGACCUCGAAGAUAUCAUCCAUCUGCCUGCAAAGACUGAACAGGUGUUGUUCUGUCGCUUGACGUCUUACCAACGUCGGCUCUACAGCGAGUUCCUGGAGUCUACCGAAGUGAAGAGCGUAUUGAGCAGAACAAUGCGAGCCUUCAGAGCCAUUGGGAUCCUCCGCAAACUGUGCAACCACCCGGACUUGGUGUGCCGCUUUGGCGACUCUGUGGUCACCAGGUUGGCUAGUCACCAAAUUUGGGGUGGGGAUAGUGACGCAAGUGAGAAGGAAGAGGACGAUACGGCGGAGGAAUCGAAGAGCGACAACGACCAUGAAGUUCAGCGAUCAGGAAAACUCCUUGUGCUCCAGCAAAUACUGCCGCUUUGGCACAAGCAGGGCCAUCGAGUUCUCCUGUUCUCUCAGACUCGUCAGAUGUUGAGCAUCAUCGAACGCUUCGUGGUCAACAAUGAAUGGUCUUACGGACGCUUAGACGGCAGUACGCCGGUUGGCAACAGGCAGACCCUCAUUGAUCGCUUCAACAACGACGAAUCGAUGUUCAUCAUGCUAUUGACUACUCGAACUGGGGGUGUCGGGGUCAAUCUCACUGGUGCCGACCGAGUGAUACUUUUUGACCCAGACUGGAACCCGAGCACCGAUAUGCAGGCUAGAGAGCGCUCGUGGCGAGUCGGACAACGGCGCCAGGUGACCGUCUACCGGCUCGUGACUGCCGGGACCAUCGAAGAGAAGAUCUACCACCGACAGAUUUUCAAGACCGCACUUACAAACCGAGUCCUUCAGGACCCCAAGCAGAGGCGAAUGUUCAGCGCGGACGAACUAGGAGACCUCUUUACCCUUGGUGAUGAUGGUGCUUCAGACGGAUUCACCGACACGAUCGAUCUAUUCCAGGGAGAAGGAAGGGUUCGUUUUCCUCAGGGAGAACAGCAGGGGUCAAAUUCGAGGCGUUCGGAAGGAGCCAGCGAUGUCCGAAGGAAGAACGGGCGUAAGAAAAGUCCUUCACGAAGGGGGAAUCGGGUGGCCCGGCGAGAAAGUGCAUCGCCAAGUUCGUCACCUCUGCUCGGAACGGCCACGGUAACCAUCGCACCAGCAAGCGGAGACGAGGAGCGCAAGAGCUCCGUGGACGGUGACCAAGACAGUGAAAAGUCCAAGGGUGAUGACAACGCGGUUCUGCAAGCGCUUUAUGAGGGUGCGCCGCUGUCCAGCGUGUUCCAUCACGACCUUGCCGAAGGAUCCGGGAGAAUGACGAUGGAACAAAAGAGGAUGGAAGAGGCCGCCAAACGCGCUGCGCAAAGAGCAGUGAACCAGCUAAGGAUGUCCCGACGCACGCUUAGGGCAGGAGCUGGCCAGGGUGGUUUCCAAUCCUCAUGGACGGGUAGGAAUGGCGGGACCAGCGCUGAGAACACGUCGCAAGAUGUCCCACGGGCGGGCAAUCUGAUGGCUGGCGCAAACGUAGGAGCUGGUCGGCGGUUUGGAACAGUCUCCAAUCCCAGCAUUGCUGGCAGACAGGGCGGGCGUGAAGGGCAAGACACAGCAUUUCUCGGGCAGCAAGAGCCCGCAUCAGCGCCUGGGCAAAGCAGUUCAGCGGGCGUGUCUUCCCAGGACAUUCUGCGACAGAUUCGCCUCCGCAAUGGGACACAGCCAGCUCCGUCGCCAGGAAUAUUCCCAGAGUUUCAGACGCCAAGCACCUCCGACGACAAAGACGCCUACUUCGCAGCUCUGCUGCAACGCUUACAGGACUACCUGGCCCAAGCACCUUCAGGGGUCGAUACGGCCGCUUUGAUACACGCCUUCGAGGAUGUUCCGGCCGGCGACGUUCCCGUCUUUCGUCAACUGCUUCAAGCCGUUGCUACCUGCGCCAACGGAGAAUGGACCCUGCGGGAUGCUCCGAGCAACUGA